CAACCGGCGUUGAAUAUAGUAUUGUCACGCCGGCUACUUGUCACGCGGCCAACGCCCUUUCGCCUCUUGCUUCGACUACCACAACCCAACGAUGCCUUCGUCAUUCUAUGUUCCCAUUCUCCUUGCGGGUAUGAUAAUUACGGGUUCGAGUAAUUCUUUGUGGAGCAAAUGGCAGGACAUGCAAUGCGUGGAGAAUUGUAGCGAUCCAAACCCUGCAAACCACGUUCUUUACGAGCAGCCCGUAUGGCAAAGUCUCCAGAUGUUCCUCGGCGAAAUGCUUUGCUUUCUCCCCGUCAUUUAUACGUGGCUUCGUGCACGUCAGCGUACUGCACCCGUAUUUCUUCCUUCAGAUUCAGAAGAAGACGUUCAUGAAUCCGGUAAAGUCGAGGAAACCUGUCGAGAGCUACGAGGCUGGAACAUUCUUCUUUUGUGGUUUCCCGCUGCCUGCGAUCUCACCGGAACAACGCUUAUGAACGUCGGUCUCCUCUAUACCCCCGUGUCAAUCUAUCAGAUGACACGUGGAGCUCUCGUUCUUUUUGUGGGCAUCCUUAGCGUCAUCUUUUUACACCGUCGUUUAUGGCUUUAUCAAUGGGCCUCUCUCUUGACAGUCAUGGCCGGUAUUUUGCUGGUAGGAUACAGCGGUUCGCUUAUCAAAGACGUUGUACAAUCCACCUUGAAUCUCUUGGGUUCUGACCAGCCAGAGCCUGAAGUCACCAAGGUCCUCGUUGGCGUCUUCUUCAUUCUCUUCGCCCAGGUGUUUACGGCAACACAGUUCGUCGUAGAAGAGAAGAUCAUGGCCCGUUAUUCCGUGGCACCUUUGGUUGCUGUGGGCUACGAGGGUUUAUUCGGCGCCCUCACCAUCAUCAUGUGCAUGCCCAUUCUGGCUAUGCCGUCAAUCGCUUCUAGCUCGCCUUUCUUCGACCUUCCUAGGGGUUGGUACCAAUUAGUCUACACGCCUAGUGUCCUUUGGUCAGGGAUCGCUAUCGCGAUAAGUAUCUCCUUGUUUAAUUACUUCGGCUUGAGCGUCACAAGGCAUGUGAGCGCCACGGCGAGGAGCUUGGCCGAUACAUGCAGAACACUCUCGAUCUGGCUAGUCAGCCUUGGACUAGGCUGGGAGAAGCUUCUUUUCCCCAUUUCCCUCCUCCAAGUAGUGGGAUUCUCCCUCCUGGUGUAUGGCACGUUCCUUUUCAAUGGUUUGGUCAACCCUCCCUCUUUCCUCCACCCGCCCUUAGUCCUAGAGGAUACGGUAGGUGGCGAAGCGGAAGAAGGGGAAGCCUUGCUCGCAUCACAACAUCUGGACGAUACUGCUGCUCUGCCUGUUGACCUUGGUCAAAGCGGUUACGAUGUUUUGCCGAAAGAUGUCCGAGUUCAUGCGCAAGGACUUUCGUCAGCAGAAGAUUGAGGCCUGAGGAUCCACCUACAUGCUACUUACAUUUAAUACAUUGAUCCGUGGACAUAUGCUGAUGCGGACGCCACAAUUGAUGCGCACCACCGUUUAUUAAAUUUCACGCCGUCCACGGACCCGCAUGUGAACAAAAACCCUGGCACCACAUGGUGCUCUCUAGGGAUGAGACACGAUGCAUUUUUUGGAGAACAAGGUCAAGCAAACCUGCUGCCUUUCAAGAAUAUUUCGAGUCUCGCAGUUCCCCGAAUAAGCCGUCUCUGAAGUAGUAGUAGCGUGCUUUUGUGUCGAGAACCAAGCGGCGAAUUUCGGCAAUUUGCAUGUUCUUCUUUCAUAUCAGGUGGAUGCUGUAGACUGGAUAUAGACUGGCUUCCACAGGUUCUUCCACCGACACGAGGCAGAACGCUA